AAUGUGCUCCGACGAGGAACAGACGAUUUAAAACGUUUGUGUGUACGAGACACGUUAAUCAAAAUUCCUAUGCAUUUCUCGACUUUCUCGUGUAACAGCUUAUAUCCAGUUUUUACUUUAUGAUUGAUCAGACAUUUUCCUUGAAUGUACAUGUAGUGUGUUGUCAGUAAGCUAACAAUUUCUCCUCUCAGUUUGAAAAGCUAGCUACCACCAGCAUCGACCCGAAGCCUUUCUGCAACGUUUCCCAUCACUGGCAACCAGCAAUGCAGAAGACAUGGCGAUAAAAAAGCAGACAGCCCCGUCCACCUGUCAGUGAACCUGUCUGACAAAUAUCUCCUCUGUGUAGAUCGAUCAACCUGACGAAAUGAAUUUCUUGCGUAAUCGUCUUGUUGUCCUGGGACUGGUGUUGUUGGCUACUUUAUUGCUGUACCUGCUGCUGCCAUCCAUCCGCCAGGGCAGCAUGGAGCCCUCCCUAGACGCUCAAAGAAUGGGGUUGAUGGCCACUCCACUUCCAACCAUCAAUGUGUCUAUUCGCACCGGACAGCUACCUGGGGACCCUCCACUAUUCUUCAGAGAAGCUUUACCUGUUGAUGGAGCUGGACGACAGAUAUUGCCAAGGCUGCAAGUGGUCCUUCUGCAUGGCCAGGCCUUCACCUCCAAAACCUGGGAAGAGCUCGGUACGAUGGCCCUGCUGGCAACUAAUGGAUAUCAAGCCUUAGCGAUGGACCUUCCAGGGUAUGGAAAAUCGCCAGACUCGGAGGCUUUGAAGACUGAUCAGAGUCGAGUGGACCUCCUUUCAAGGUUCAUGGAGUCUUUGGGUGUCAGGUCAGCUGUGCUCGUGAGCCCCUCCAUGAGUGGACAUUACUCCAUUCCCUUCCUCAUGAAGAACAGCGCUCAGCUGCAAGGCUUCAUUCCCAUAGCGCCAGUCGGUACCCGAAGUUACACUCCACAGCAGUACCAAAAUAUUCAGAUUCCCACUCUAAUUGUGUUUGGAGCCCUGGACACAAAUCUGGGUGCCCAGUCCCACAAGAACCUCAUACAACUUCCACAUCACUUUGUGCUGAAGUUAGACGGAGCUCGCCAUGCCUGCUACAUGGACAAAACCAGAGAAUUUCACCAAGGGUUGGUCGACUUCCUCAGCAAACUGAAGUGAGAUGUGAGGCGGAGGAAAACAAAACAAAAGCAAGAGGAGGAAAUAGAUAGAGGAACACUAGUCCCCUCAUUAAUGGUUUAGUUUGGUGACAAUUUUGCAAAAAUAUUCUAAGAUCUACAUUAUUCUCAUAUUAUCACCUGAAGCAAAGAACAUUGGCAUUGGAGUAGGUUUUAAAACAUGGAAAAAAAAGGCAUGUAAAACCUUGUAGUGGCAUUUAAAACUCAGUAUUUCAGAUGUUUCCAUUAAAAAAAAGUAUUAUUUUUUCCGUUUUCCAUAGUGUCACCCAAAAAUACUAGUUCAGCUCAGCUUGUUGUAAAAUAGCUUCAGAUAUGUAUAGUGAUGCGUUUUGUUUAAUGUCUCUCUUUGCAUGUAAAAACAUGGACUAUGCUUGCUUCACUGUUACCAUUUUUGUAGGUGACACAAAGGUUUCUGUAAAUAUGCAAAUGUAGCAAGUGUCUGUGUUUGAAUAGCUUCUAUUAGCGUCACGUUUGAAAGAUUUGUAUAUUAAGAUCUGGUAACCAUUCAAGAAAACAUGCUCAACAAAAGCAAACCGAAUUAAUACACACUGUAAUAAUUUAAAAGUAAAAUAUGGACCAUAUAAUAAUCCCAUUUAUUUAUAUAAUGACGAUAACGUUAUAUGUAAUAUAUUUGAAAUAAGUUUGGACAAUCAUGCAAACAACAAGCUUAGAAAAAAGAGAUGUCCGAAGCUUGAAAUAAAAACAGAAAUUGUAUGUUUUUUGUAUGUUUCAGUUGAUAAAGUUGCUGUGUUUUGAGAAGUGGAGGUUAUUUCUGAUGUAUCUAAAUGACUUGAAGGUUAUUGUAGGCGACUGCUGGCUUUUUAUGACUUUUUGAAAGUUCUUGGAGCGUUCACUUGGUCCCCCCUUGCCUUGAAGUGAGAAAACGCAAACCGCAACAACAUACAGAAACACUACUUAAAAGCGACGCCGUGGUUGUGUUUUCUCACUUUGCAGCAGUUUGUCUAAAUCCUGCGCAUCAUGUGUUGUCAAAUUGAUAAAGAUGUUUUCUUCAUUUGC